AUGUUAAAGAUCUUGAAGCUCAGUGACGGAGAAGAUGCGACUGAGGGGAUGGAUUGGUCGGAUCAGGUGACACAGACCGGAGGAGAUCGAAGAUCUAAAGAAGUUUAUAUGUGGCGGGACAAAGCCUAUUCGCAACAUUGCAAGCAUACGCACAGUGACAUAGCACAGAGCCAACAGAUGUUUAAGACCGAUCUGGAACCAAGAGCGGUUCGACCCGAGACUGAUCAAGAGUUGGCUCCGACAUUUUAG